GGAGGAGGGAACUCUCGGUGUUGUAGGGGAGCGUUGUUCUCCUGUUACACGGGUAAACUGAGGACCCUAGGCGUUAAGCAGACAUCACACAUUUGCAAGAAAACACUCCAUUUCCAAAUAAAUCAAUCCUCAAAGAGAGAUUAACGGGAAGACAUAAAGAAAAUAAGACACCAAACAUCCAGGUGACCAACGCUGUCGAGGGUUUCCAGCUCCAAAAACUCCUCUGCUACAGGCUAAGGGUCCUUCAGUGACUUGUCACAGCACAGAUCUCAUCAACAUGGACGAGGGCUACCGAGACCGAUCGGCCUUCAUUAAGGGCGCCAAGGACAUCGCCAAGGAAGUGAAGCGGCAGGCAGGGAAGAAAGUGGGCCGUCACGUGGACCGCAUGGCUGACGAGUACACCAAGCGCUCGUACACGCGCUUCGAGGAGGAUGACGACGACGAUUACCCCGUGCAGGCGCAGGAUGGGAGCUACUACCGGAGCAACAGCCGCGCCAACGACGACGAUGAUGCCGCGCACAGUGACUCCACUGAGGGCCAUGACGAGGAUGAUGAGAUCUACGAAGGCGAGUACCAAGGCAUCCCGCGACAAGACUCGUCAGCUGGCAAGGCCGACGGCCAGGCAGCCGGAGCGGCGCGGGUGCAGCAACGCGACUUGGCGCAGUACGAAGGCGAGAGGCGCAAGGAUCAGGAGGAGCUGGCACAGCAGUACGAGACCAUCCUGCAGGAGUGCGGGCACGGGCGCUUCCAGUGGACGCUGUACUUCGUGCUGGGCCUGGCGCUCAUGGCCGAUGGCGUGGAGAUCUUCGUGGUCGGCUUCGUGUUGCCCAGCGCUGAGAAGGACAUGUGCCUGUCGGAGCCUAAUAAAGGCAUGCUGGGACUCAUUGUCUACCUGGGCAUGAUGGUGGGUGCUUUUGUGUGGGGAGGUCUGGCUGAUCGGAUUGGCCGUAGACAGACUCUGCUCAUCUCUCUCUCCAUCAACAGCGUCUUUGCUUUCUUCUCCUCUUUUGUCCAAGGAUACAGCUCCUUCCUGUUUUGCCGCCUGCUCUCUGGUGUUGGGAUUGGAGGGUCCAUCCCUAUAGUCUUCUCAUACUACUCAGAGUUUCUGGCUCAGGAGAAGCGUGGUGAACAUUUGAGUUGGCUCUGCAUGUUCUGGAUGAUUGGGGGAAUUUAUGCUUCAGCUAUGGCCUGGGCCAUCAUUCCCCACUAUGGCUGGAGUUUCCAGAUGGGCUCGGCCUAUCAGUUCCACAGCUGGAGAGUGUUUGUUCUGGUGUGCGCGUUCCCUGCAGUGGCUGCCAUCGCUGCCCUCAACACCAUGCCAGAGAGUCCACGCUUCUACCUGGAGAAUGGGAAACAUGACGAAGCCUGGAUGAUCCUGAAACAAGUUCACGACACCAACAUGAGGGCCAAGGGCUACCCAGAGAGGGUCUUCUCUGUGACCAACAUUAAGACCGUGAAGCAGUUGGAUGAACUGGUGGAUAUGGGAGAUGAUACCACAGCCUGGCACCAGCGCUGGAAGCUCAAACUCAUUAAUCUGUUUCAUCAGGUUUGGAGCAACUUCCUGACUGUUUUCAAUCCAGAGUACCGCCGUGUCACCUACAUGAUGAUGGCUGUCUGGUUCUCCAUGUCAUUCAGCUACUAUGGCCUGACCGUGUGGUUCCCUGACAUGAUCAAAUACCUUCAAAAGCAGGAGUACAACUCACGCACUAAGGUCUUCAUCAAGCAGAAAGUGGAGCACAUGACCUUCAACUUCACCCUGGAGAACCAGAUCCAUCGUCAUGGAGAGUACUUCAACACCAAAUUUUUGAAUCUCAAGAUGAAGUCCAUGGUAUUCGAGGACUCCCUGUUUGAAGAGUGUUACUUUGAGGACAUCACCUCCACUAACACCUUCUUCAAGAACUGCACCUUCAUCGCAACCCUCUUCUACAACACAGAUUUGUUCAAGUACAGGCUGAUCGACAGUCGCCUCAUCAACAGCACCUUCCUGCAUAACAAAGAGGGCUGCCUGCUGGACUUCAGCGAUGAGAAUAACGCCUACAUGAUCUACUUUGUCAGUUUCCUGGGCACGCUGGCUGUCCUGCCUGGGAACAUCGUGUCCGCUUUGCUCAUGGACAAAAUUGGACGCCUGAGGAUGCUGGCCGGCUCCAGCGUGAUCUCCUGCGUCAGCUGUUUCUUCCUGUCGUUUGGGAACAGCGAGUCGGCCAUGAUCGCGCUGCUCUGUCUGUUUGGAGGAAUCAGCAUUGCGUCGUGGAACGCCCUGGAUGUUCUCACAGUAGAACUGUACCCAUCUGAUAAGAGAACUACGGCUUUCGGGUUCCUGAAUGCCCUGUGCAAGCUCGCCGCUGUGCUGGGGAUCAGCAUCUUCCAGUCCUUUGUGGGCAUCACUAAAGCCGUGCCCAUCCUGUUCGCCUCGGGCGCGCUGGCGGCCGGCAGCUUCUUGGCGCUGAAGCUCCCGGAGACAAGGGGUCAGGUGCUUCAAUAGUGCAGCCUCCAUGCCAGCAGGUGGAAGCCUUGAGUUCGGGAGAUUCCCCCUGCAGUGUGAUCCAGACCCCCUAAAUCAGUCACAUUUUGUCAGAUUUGGAUUUCUAGAUGGUCUAAAAUUUCCCCUUCGAUUUAUUCAACAUGUUGACGGCACUAAUUAAGAGGUUAAAUAGUCGGCGAGAUGCCAGGAAACAUCUUAAUCUCGUCUCUCAUCCAGUCAUCGGAGCGGAUCGAUGUAAAUGUCCAUGUAUCAGAUUCAUCACUUUUAAAAUCCCCUUUUAUUUGACAUAUCUGUACCUUCAGGUGACGCUAGUCCUGACCCUUAUAAUCAGCGUCCUUACAGGGAGAACAGAGGUCAUGCGUGUGUGUGUGUGUGUUUGUGUGUGUGUGUUGAACAACUGCCAUUUUAGCCACAUUCCAGGUUGUUUUGUAGUUUGUUUGAGCGUGUUAACUGGACAGUGAUGAGUUUGCCCUUUAAUUUUCGUCCACGGCGUUACAGUGAGGUGAGAGCGUGUCGUCGGUCAGUCGAUGGAUCUUUUCUGCACGGACAGUGUUUGCUCUUAGUGUGGUUCUGGUGGUUGUCGUCGUUGUUGGUCGUUGUUGUUGUUUUCUUCCGCUCACAAUGUCCUAAGAAUUUUAUUUUUCGAGCGACUAUUGAAAUCGUACAAAAAGUCUAUGUUAAAAAAAUAAGAUACAUAGCGAUACGAAGAGGAAUCUUUUUAAAUUCUUUUGGAAAGCGUGAGGGCAUAAUGAAGAGUGGAAGCAACAGUAUGGGAAAAGAAGCUCCCCAUUCACAUCCUAGUGACUUUUUGUGCGUUCACAAUAUUUACGUUGUCGAAUAUUUAGUAGUUAGUCAUCAUUCCUACGUUAAGUUUCUUAAACGUGCACAAAUUCUCGUCUGCCAACGUUGAAAGGGUUUUUAUUUUAAUAAAAAAAAAAAUGAAUAAAAAAGUUGAAAGGUGAAGGGGAAAAACCAUAUCAAGCACAAGAAGGUUUGAUGAGACUAUCAAAAAGGGUUAAGGUUUAUUUUAAAAAAACUGGUGUAAAUGCUGUACUGAAUAUAAAUAUACAGUUUAGUCUGUCUGUCCUGAACACACUAAUGGCUCAUAUUCAAUAUAGAAAUAUAUAUAAAUAUAUAAGGGAAAAAUUUUCAGAUGCUGAAAUGAACUUUCCAGUGAAAUAGUACCAUAAUGUCUUAGCUAGGUUCUACUCGAUGUUUGUAUAUAUAUAUAUCUCAGUUUGCUAAGGUAAUAUUUUUAAACUAGACAAAUUCAGACAGUCGAUAGUAAUGCAAUCCGCGCAUCACGUGACGUCACGUCGGUGACGCGUCUGUCGUCUUUUCUGUUCUCACAACGAUGACGGUCAUGAUAACGGUGAUGCAGUACCCUAGGUGUGUGUGUGUGAGUGAAAGUUCUUGCAUGUGAAACAUCGAGUGUUCCACAGAUUUGUAUUUAUUUAAUGAUUUAUUUAUAUGAGAGUUUGAUUUUAUAGUAUUUUUUACUGUGGAUGUCUGUAGUCUCACACGCAGGGUGAAGUUUUUACUGUCGUUUAACGUCGUCACAGAGGAAGAAAAAAAUAAUAAUUUACUCGGCGCCGAGGCGACAUUUUAAUGAACAUUCAAAUGAGCAAAAAAAAAAAAUUAAUAAAAAAAUAAAUAAAAAUCCGGGUAAGAGCGAAGAGCACACAAAUAACGAACACAGAAACACUUUUUCUCCCCUUUUUAGACCUGAAUGAGUUCCAUCUGAUAAUCUCCUUGUAAUGACUGCCUUUCCACAGAUCGUUUAGCAAAAAAAAAAAAAAACAACAACAACACAAAGACGCUUCUGUUUGCAGGUGACACUCUUCUUUACUGCCAUUUUGUAGGAUAGCAGCCAUAUUCUAGAUGCACUCAGUAAAAACAACAGGUAUAGCGUAAGAGGUAAGACGCUCUCCUUCUUUCCUUCUCUUUUUUUAUGAAGCUCAUGCUAGCUUUCCGGUAUCUGAAGCACAAUCUAACAUCUCCAGUCCACUGCUUACGACCGGAUCACGCUUAAAAAUCACACAAUUUAUACAAAAAAAAAAACGAAUCUGCUCUGUCUUUAUGCUUAGAACAUGGCACAACAUGGUACCAAACAAAUGAAAUGUAGUAAAAAUUUCUAGAAUAAAGGAAUCUCCUCCUCGUCUAUAUCACAUCUUCAUCACUUUAUGACAAGAACAUAAUACGAGGCUCAGAAACUCAGAACAAACAGCAUUAAACUCUACCUUUCCUUCUCCUUAGGUAAGAUUUCCAGCUACACUGCAUGCACCAUUCAAGCUAAAAGAUUUAUAGGGUCCACCUGAGCAUUGAGGAGAAAACCCUUAUCUCUGAGAGCAUCAGAUGCAGCAGGUUCCUCUUGCGGUGCUGCGUGUUUACAUCAUCGAUUUGCUCAUCUUCACUACACGCUUUAUCCCGCUCGGGUCACUGAGGGUUAAAUGACUCAUUAGUUUAGAUUCCAGGAACUCCAAGCAACUAAAUUCAUUAGAAAGUGUGUUUAUUAAUAAACCCGAGCCGUGUAAAUACAAGAGAAAACAAGGUGUGUGUACAUCUCUAUUAGAAAACUUUAUCGGUUUCAUUUCAUCAGCUCAAAAUGGAUCAGAGUAUUUUCUGUGAUCUAGAAAUCAACGAGCAGAAGAGCUGAGAUACGACUACUCUUACCGAAUUAUCAUCCAAAUAAAAAAAAGACUGUUUUUGUUUAUGAAAUGUAAAAAUAAAAUGAUCAGGGAAUCAAAUUAAUGUGAUUUGAGCUUGUGUAGAGAAAAACUGACAUCAAGUGACAUCAUGUGAAUGAAAAAAAAACACGUGAAAAAAAACCAAACAAAACACACAUGAAAGUGAGAAAACAUGAGAAAGUCAUAUGGAAAAAAACGAAUUAAACACGUGAGAAAGUCAUGUGGAAAAACCAAAUGAAACGUGAGAAAGUCAUGUGGAAAAAAACAGAAAUAAAACGUGAGAAAGUCAUGUGGUAAAAAUUUUUAUUAUACACGUGAGAAAGUCAUGUGGAAAAACAAAUUAAAUAUCUGAGAAAGUCAUGUAGAAAAAAAUCCAGAAAUUAAACAUGCAAGAAAGUCAUGUAGAAAAAAUCCAGAAAUUAAACAUGCAAGAAAGUCAUGUGGAAAAAAUCCAGAAAUUAAACAUGCAAGAAAGUCAUGUAGAAAAAAUCCAGAAAUUAAACAUGCAAGAAAGUCAUGUAGAAAAAAUCCAGAAAUUAAACAUGCAAGAAAGUCAUGUAGAAAAAAUCCAGAAAUUAAACAUGCAAGAAAGUCAUGUAGAAAAAAUCCAGAAAUUAAACACGUGAUCUGCAAAUGAGAAAGUCAUGUAGAAUAAACAAAAAUAAACACGUGAGAAAGUCAUAUGGAAAAAAAAACUAAUUAAACACGUGAGAAAAUCAUGUAGAAAUACUGAAUUAAACACGUGAGUCUAAAAACAAAAACCCCAAAACAGAACACGUGAAGCACGUGACAUUCUGCACUGGCGUUUUAUUCACUGCCACGUUGGCGAAAUGAUCGAAACAUGGAUACGUGUUCCUGUACAGCGUGUUCCUCUAAAGCCUCACGUCUUUGCCGUCUCCACACCACCAUGUUCGGUGUCGCUGUCGUCCGCUGUCCGCUAUCGAAUUGCUGAAUUAGCCGAUCUCAGUGGUGUCAUGACCGACCGAUUUGUACGUAAAAGAAACAAAACAAAACAAACAACAACAGAAAAGUCCUGUAAAUUGUGAAUCUCGCCCGUUCAGGUUGUUUCUUUCUUCCUUUUCUUUGGAAUGUCUUUUUGUUACAGGGUCUUUUUGUAUUUUUCCGGAAAGCGCUCACUUUAGUCGCAGUCGAUCGCGUGUGCAAAAAGAACUCAAAGCAAUAAGUGACUGACGUGUUUCUCGGCUCCGCCCACGCCCCCUAACCCUGCCCCCUUUCUAUGACGAUCGGGAUGAAGAAAGCACACUGAACACGAAAAGACAGUGACAUGACACGUGUAGUGAGUGAUUAAAAUAAGACGAAGGAAGAAAAAAUUAAAAAAGAAGAAGAUGGCUGUAUAAAUCUCGCCUGUACGAGGCCAGUGUCUCUCGUUCUACAGAUAUACCACAGGUCUUUUGAUGCUUUCUUUUGUCGACUCAAACGUAUUGCCAUCAUUUCAAUGUGACGGAGUUGAUCACCUUAUCAUCGUACUGUGCCGUAGAGGUUGUAGUUGUUUGUAUGUAAAAGUAUAAAGAUGUGCAACAAUAAAAAAGAAAAACACAAAUUGAAAAAAAAAGACCAAAAAAAUAUGGUUUAACGUGAGAAAUAGAGUGCUAGUGUAUGUUUGUUCAUUUUUGUGCUUCGUUCGAUUUUUUGUACGUGAGAAUGACCAUGACGUGAAGACGUUAUCAUUUAAUAUGGAGACUAUUUCAAUGUUACACCAAAAUGGUUGUGUAUUACGGUGUGUGUGUGUGUGUGUGUGUGAGAGAGAGAGAGAGAGAGACUUUUUCAGUCAUGCCGGGAAUUUUACUGCAAAGUCAUGGCAGUAAACAAAUCCUGGCCUUUGAUGAAAUGAAGACGUGCGUAUGAAAAAUAAACCUGUGUCAUGGAGAUGAAA